AGAGAGCCUCGUCUGGCUCACAGGAGGGAGGACACACACACACACACAGAGAGAGGGAACUUACCUCUGAUCAGCUGCAAACCUGUGGAGUCUCCGAAUGCGAUGGGAUUCAUCUAGAACCAAAUGCAAAAGUGAUAAAUGACUGUAUGUCAGAAGAAGUGUCCUAGUGGAAGACUGACCCUAAACUUCACCUCACUGCAGACGUUCACUCACAAGCAAUGCUGUGUUUAGGGGAUUCUACCGACUGCCUCCGGGACCAAGUGCAGUGCGUGAUGAGAUCCUUGCAGGACCUGAAGCAGACAAGCAGGCCGAGGCCACUGAGUGAACCAUGUGUUCGGUCCCUGGCGGCAAAGCGGCUCUGCAAACAGAGGGCACAGCAGGAGCGACUCACUAAGCUGCGCGUCUCUGAUGCCAGUGAAGCCAGCACGUACGACUCUGCCUGCUGCCUGGUCAGCCCGCUGGAGGAGGCGGAGGAGGAGGAGGAGGAGCAGCAGGAGCAUGAGCGACUGGCACAAGGCUCCCCCAGCAGCGAAAAGAGUGUGGACUUUGACUCGGGUUACUCCGAGGCGUCUUGGCAGGACGAAGGAGUGGUGCUGAGGAGGACCAGGAACGUGCGAGUCUCCUCUUCGGCCUGUCUCCGCACAAACAGAGGACCCUCUUGCCGCAUACGUCCCAAGUCAACCUCGGAUGCUUGCCUGGAGCGCUGGACCUCGUUCGAGGCCAGUAACGCCGAGGACUGGACAACGUCGCUGCUGAGCCGCAGCAGAAACAGGCAGCCCCUCGUUCUCGGGGACAACAGCUUUGCUGACCUCAUAAAGAACUGGAUGGACCUUCCAGAGUGUCCCGAGCCCGCACAAAUGAAGCCCAGUCGGCGCCUCGCGAAAGACAUUUUGGACAAUAUGCGUAGGAGACUGGCAGGGGUGUCUAAGAGCGUGGAGGUAAGACAGAGGCCGGCAGACGCCACGGGAGCCAGCAGGGAUGCAGAGGCUACCAAACGAAUGUCCUGCCCUGUGGGACUCCAGGCUCUCAAACCGUUCUUUCACCAGUCCCACACAGGACUGCAUCAGCCGGACACUGACUUCUACCAGUUCACUGCUCUCAUGAAGACGGGCAGCCGCCAACCCAUCAUAUGCAAUGACAUCAUUGGAUACAUUUGAGUGAUACUGUAACUACGGACUGAGUUUUUAAAUUCAGAUAAGAUGGUUCUAUUUUCAUAGUUGUGUUUUGUCCAUAAUGUUGAUACGUCUGGAAUAAAGGCUUUUUUAAUGUGUA